AUGCUUCGCCGACUCAAUCCUUCUAAAUGGGGUUUCCGACUGCCCAUUGGCCGUGUUGCUCCGCGUUGGACACACAACAUCCGCCAUCAGACGACCCAAGCUUCGCGUCUUGAUCGCAUCACAGCCAGGCUCCCUCGUCGACUGCAGAAAUACUCCCGUGGCCUUCGGAAUGCGCCAGUGUCCCACAUCAUGUCAUUUCUCAUUCUUCACGAACUCACUGCCAUUGUGCCCUUGAUCGCACUAUUCGCGCUGUUUCACUACACGACAUUUGUUCCUAUAACAUACAUGACCGCGCAUUUCGGAGACUAUGUGCAGUCCGGCAUCUCACGAUUCGAAAAAUAUUUUCGAUCCAAGGGUUACUUUGGCUUCAGGCCGAAAGAUUUCGACGAGUACGAUAUUGAAGGGACCUAUGCUGUGGAGAAAUGGAAUACUGGCGAGGAGAAAUACAAGAUUCUAGUCGAGGUUGCACUCGCCUAUGCUGUCACCAAGGUGCUUUUGCCGCUUCGUAUCAUAGCAAGUGUGUGGGCUACGCCAUGGUUUGCGAGCGUGUUACUGCGAAUGAAACGAGCCUUGAUGUCGGUCGCAAGUGCUCGUUCUCACAGACGAAAAUGA